CGUUUUUAAAAACGAGUGUCGUUGAUUCAAAUUUAUAACUGGCGCAGUCAAAUUGGACUAGAUUCAUGGGAACAGUGUACAUGUUACCGCGAUAUACAAGACCUACCAGAUCCUUUUUGAUGUGAAGAAACUGUGAUGUGCAACUCUGCAAUCUACGUUCUGGCAUUGCUCUCAGCCAGCUAGAGCCAGCGAGGACCAGCCGUUGCGACCCAUCGAGCCAAGUCGACGGCCGAGAGAAAAGAUGCUGUGGACACUAAUCGUGGCGAGCGUCGUUUGGGUUUCAGGCAAUGUUGAAAAUGUAACGCAGUCCACAAUCCGAUCUAAUAUCAGAUUCCUAUUGGAGUUGAGAAAGAAAUGCGACACCUGGAAAAAGGCGCAACUGAAGCAUUUCCUGCCUACUCCUCCUGCAGGACAAGAUUCGAAUGGGAUGCGUGCGUACUGCCCCGCUGCGUUCGACGGUUGGUCUUGUUGGAACACGACUCCAUCCGGCGAGACGGCCCUCGCCCCCUGCCCUUAUUUUGUUACAGGCUUCGACAUCAAACGAUUCGCGUUUCGUAAAUGCUUGGAUAACGGUUCGUGGUUCAGACAUCCUGACACAGGUCAGCCUUGGUCCAACUACACAACCUGCAUCGAUAUGGACGACCUAGAGUUCAGGGAGAUAGUAAACACAAUUUAUGUCGUGGGCUAUUACGUAUCGUUCGCAGCGCUCGUCCUAUCGCUCCUGAUCUUCCUCACAUUCAGGAGUCUACGGUGCACAAGGAUCGCAAUACACAUUCAGCUCUUUUCAUCGUUCGCUGCCAACAACCUUAUGUGGAUUAUUUGGUACAAACUGGUUGUCGGAAACACAUCUGUAGUUCAAAGAAAUCAGCCAUUCUGUCAGAUACUUCACAUCGUGUUGCAGUACCUCAUGGUGGCAAACUACCUGUGGAUGUUCUGCGAAGGGCUACACCUCCACUUGGCCCUGGUCGUGGUUUUCGUCAAAGACAACUCAGCAAUGAGAUGGUUCUACUGCAUCGGUUGGGUUUUCCCUGGAAUUCUCACAGCAAUCUACGCUUCCGUGAGAUACUGGUAUACCGAAGAGACAAGACAAAACAUUUGACUGAGGAAAGAUAAUAAG